AUGACAAGCGUGAACAACGACUAUGAGGAAAGCUGGGAGUCAGCAGAGCCUUCGGUAGACAAGAAAACCGUUGUAUCUGCUACAGAUGGGCAAGUUUUUCUUGUGGAAAGUGACGAAGUUCGAGAUGUUGAACCAGCACCACCACAAGGACAUGAAUUUCCUGUAGCGAUCAGCGCUAACGUACCACAAAGAAAGAUGAAAGAGGUUGUUGAGGCUAUCAAGGACAUGCAUUUGACAACGAAGGUCAACGAGACUAGUGGUGUGGACAUUUGCGUUGAGUCAGAGGAUACCGUGUCGAGUAUAGAGAAUGAAGCAGUCAUCUCUCUAGACACUUGGUCGCCUGAACCCAAAGAAUCAGACCUACUCGAUGAAAACUUUCUUUUUGACUUGGUUCGAGUCCAUGGUCACCACUAUGAUCACCGUACUCCACCACCCGUCCCAGUGACGAUUUUGAAAGAAAAAACGUCACUGUCUAAACCUGAUAUCGGAACGCUUCAAGCUCGUCUGGCAGCAAAGCGCAUCGCAGAGUUUCGGAGAAGACAAACGUUAAAAGAUGAAGAGGAGCGCGAACUGGAAACAGCAUUGGCCCAAAAACGUCGCGAGAUCCGACAUUCGAAUGAUGCCAUGCAUAGAGCUAUUGGAGUCGCAGGGUUGUUAGCGCAAGACCAUCUACGAAUAGACCAGUGCCGACGCAAGAUGGAAGAAAAAGAGAAAGAAAUCGCUGCAAGUCUAGUACGCCAAAAUCGGUGGUACAACUGCACUCCCAAGCGACCAGUUAGUGCUCCAGAGCAUGUACGGCAACUUAAUCUGCAAUAUGGACAAGCUAAACGCGAAUUCGAGCGCUCUAUCGAACGGAAACAAAAGUCGAUACGGGCGAAUCAACUUAGGCUACGACAAGAAGCCCAAAAAAUCAUCGCGAAGACUAGUGGGGCUUAUAUUCGCGGUUCGUAUCUGCUCAAGGUGACACACUAUACGAUCAAGAAGCAAAGCGAACCUGCACCAAAUGAUCGAAAGGACAUUGAAGCUGGUCAACAGGUCAUUAUGGAGUAG